UUUCUUUUGCAUUUUGCAUUUCCGUAGUUCACGUUCGCAAUUUAUAUCUGUUUGAAGCUUCCGGUUAGAAAUUUAUAAAAGAGUUUGUGCCGAUCCAGUUUUCAGUAAAUUAUAAUCUAGUUUAAUUUAGAGGGACCUCAAUAGGUUCUCAUUGAAGUGUUGUUACUCGUAACCAAUUUUUGUUAGCAGUAUACGAAGUAAGCAUGGAUGAGUUGAAGAAAUUGAUAACUCCUGCUAUUAAUUCUUGCAAGGAGAAGCUUAGUUUGCGGCAACUAAAUAAGGAUUACAAAACCUUGAUAGGUGAGAAUAUUCCCUAUCAAAGGUUUGGUUUUCGAUCCCUAGAAGACUUAUUGCAGAGUCAACCAGAAUAUAGGUUGACUCGCGCCGGAAAUGAGACAUAUGUUGAAGUGGUGGUGCAGAAUGGUAACAGUAGCCAUAUGUCAAGAUUGGUGAAACAACAGAAAAGUGGGAAACACAAACCCCUAAAGUCUAGGCCUAUGUAUAGGCCACCACCACUCAAUCGAAAUCAUAGUACGUCCAGAUAUAGGCCUAGGGUUGACAACCGAACAGGUUCGGCUAGAAACUAUAACUAUGGUCAAUCACGGCCUCAAGCAGUUCACCAUGCACAAUUUGUCACCAGGACAUCGUCUAGGCCUGCAACUCCUUCUGUUGCAUCUAGGGUACAGAUUCCAGAAGGCUCCAGUUAUAAUAGACCAGCGCUUCGGAAUGUUUCACAAAAUGUGCCUACACAAUAUGACAAACACAAACGCACAGUUGAAUCUUACCAAAAAUCCAAUUCGAACAAUGUAAAAGCUUCAGAAUGCAAUAAUUCAAAUCAAUAUUUGGUCAGUCAUAAUGGUAAAGCAACUGCUAGCAAUAAUGUGUCAACUACUCAAUCAAAACGUGUUCAAAAUGAUGAUGAAUCUACAAAUCCACUCAUAUCUUCGAGAAGAAGAAUAAACAAGAAAAUGUGUGAAUUAAAUCUUGACAGUGGUCAUAGUAGCCCAACGAGUGACAUCCCGCAACAGUUGCCUAGUCCGUUUGGCUCUAUAUUGCCUAGUUCGUCUUCGUUCAUAAAUCCAGCACAAGCGAGUCCGUCCUCACCUCUGACACCAAGUUUCUAUAAUGCACAGAAAACUUCUAGAAAGUCGAAUGAAUUUGUCAGGACAGAAAAUCCGUUGGAGGAUUUGAAAUUGCUUGCCAAGCUUCAUAAACUGGGCGAAGUUAUUGUGGAAGUUACUAAUGUGAAUAAUAAACAUGUAAAGUUUUAUUCUUGUAAGAUAAAGGUAGGAAAAAAUACGUUUUCAAGUUAUCCCAAGGACUUUUAUAAUGCAAACGAAGCCACAGCAUUCUGUAGCAAUGAGGCUUUGGAAAACUUAAUUCCAAAAUGCAGACAAAAAAGCCUUAUGAUUUCCAGUGAAACAGAUAUCUUAGAAAGAAUUCCACCAAUGUUAGAGAAACACAGAUAUGGCAUUUUCUCGACCCAGUUGAGUCAUAAUUACGCAGUCCAGUAUCAUGAGUUGCUACCUGACGACUGGCUGAAAACGAUUGAUGCUAGCCCUUGUGUCAGGAUUGAAAAAAUAAGUGACAAUAAUCAAUACAUAUUGUACCAUUGUAAACCUGGUGAUGUAUUACAGAGAGGUCAGCAACGCAGCCCUGGGGGUCUGAUUAUUCCCGUUUCAGUGCCAACUAAUACUGUAAAGUUCAGUGAAGAGGGUCAGUUGAUUUGUGUUGUCACUAGAGUAAUGUCAGCUAACGAGAUUUGGUGCCAACAAGUUGAAACCGAGGAAAAUACUAAUUAUAUUGAGAUGUUUGAUCGGAUGCAAGUCUACUACACAGAACACGAACAACAAUGCAUACCUGAAGAAAUUGUUAAAGGUGCUUACUACAUAGCCAAAUUUCAGGGUGAUUAUUACAGGGUAAGAGUAGUGGAAGUUGAAGAGGAUACUCUAGGAUGCUUCUUUAUCGACUCUGGUGAAGAAACAUCGAUGGCAAAAACUGAUAUUUUCACACUGACUAGUGUGUAUGCUACUUGUCAAGCACAGGCUUUUGUCUGUAGACUAGCUGGUCUAGAAGAUUGGUAUGAGAUGUCAGCUAAUUCACAGUGCCUUGCAAGUUUGCAAGAUGAACAAGUGUACUUGGAGCUGGCCUCAGAUGUAACUAAUAACGACGGCGACCAGAUGGCUUUGCCUGUUUAUAUGUAUACUACUACUUAUAGCUGCAUCAAUGAAACUCUGAUCCCUUUACUCACAAUGGAAGCUGCUUCACCCAACUUACAACAAGAUAUAACAAAUGUGUAUAUUUCGUUUAUCGAGGGUAAUGGGAAUGUGUAUGUUCAAGUUCGAUCGCAGGGCUACAUGGAGUUUGUGAACUUGAAGGCUCAAAUAGAGAGUCAAUUUAACGUCAAUCCGCCAACAAAUCCUAUAAAACUCACGAAAUCUAAUUGCCAGGAUAAACUAUUUUUCACGCAAUAUGAAGGAAAUUGGCACAGAGUUAAGGUGAUAGACUGGUCGCCUGAAGCCCAGCACCUGGCCCAAAUUUAUUUUGUGGACGAAGGCAGAACUGCGGUUAUUGAUACAUAUGAAGGUUCCGACGAUAAACUUUAUCCAUUGGAAAAUGUCGACGAGUUCCUAAAUAGUUAUCCGCAUCAAGCAAUCAGAGUGAGAAUGGCCCUGGACAGACUUCCAGUAAAUUUCACAGCCUUGGCCGAAAAAGCGCUGCCGAUCGGCCAGUCGGCGCUUUUAAAAUGUGUUGGUACCAAAAUCGAUGACAUUCCAUUGGUGAAAUUGUACAAAAGAAGUGACGACGAUGGUUUGUUUUGCAUAAACGAAUCCAUCGCCUUGGAAUGUGAGCUAAGCAUCAAAAAAGAGGAAGAACAGAAGCAUAAGUUCAAGUUUCUUGUCGGAACAGCUCCUGUUCCAUCUACUGGUUCUUUGAAGUGUCCUCCUUUAAAAGUUAAUGCCUUUUUCGAAGUCAAAGUUGUUAUGGCUGUGAGCCCCUACAACUUCAUUGUACAGCCUCACGAAUUUGAGCUACAACUAAACACCAUGAUGGAGCGGCUCCAAGAGAAAUGCGAAAAAGCAGAAUAUGGCAAGAUUAAAGUUGAAGACAUUGUUCCCGGAAAUAUUUAUGCUUCUAAGCAUGAGGAUGGGAUUUGGUACAGGGCCAAUGUCAUCAAAGUUGUUAAUUCUGGUACUUCUGUAUCGGUCUUCUUUUGUGAUUUUGGUAACUACCAGACAUUAUCUGUCAACAGCAUUGUACCAUUGGACAGUGAAUUUUUGGAACUGCCUUACAUGGCGUUGAAAGCGAAAUUAGCUGGAAUAAAACCAACACAUAAUAAAUGGACAAUGGAGGACUGUGAACGAUUUAAAGAAUUAGUGGAAAAUAAACUAUUCCAUGCCGUCAUAAUUGACAUGGAAAAGGACGUUUUAUAUCAAUAUGAUAAAGUUUUAAGACUCAAGCUUCUAGAUACUAGCUUGGAAGACGAUUUGUUGAUUGAUGAAGAGUUGAUUAAACUUGGCAUAGCCGUAACUGAAGAGACUGUAUAAUUUAGAAUUUUGAACUAUGUAUUUGUUCUUUAAUAAUAAUUUGUUAAUGAGGAUCUUGCUUAUUCUAGAAACUUUCAUUUAUAGUUUUUAUAUGUUGCAGUACAGUGACUUUUGUGUAAUUCAUGCCAAUAACAUUGUUUUGAGCUCGAUAAUUAUUAAAAAUAUACUAAUUAUUUGUUAACAACACACAAAUAUGAAGGAAGGUUGUGAAUAAAGCUUGAAUGAUGACAUAUUUAAUUUAAGGCAUGACCACGAUCACUGCAGUCAGUAGUAUAAAUUAAAACCAGCUUUCAGUUGAAAGUUGGCGAACUUUAGUUUAAUUUUGUAAAAGGUGUAGUACAUAUUUAUACAAUAUUUCUUUGUCUAUAACCAGCCAAGUAGCUAGUUUCGUGGAUGCCUCGGAAAAUAAUGAUUAUAGAAUUUUCUAGAAUUUGCAAGAAUCGCAAUAAAUAAAUAUAAGUAUUUUUGUUAAUUAAAUUUAUACUGAGAAAAAAAAGUGUUUAUAAGAAUAGGAUCUGACUUGCACAACAUAUUUAUGUUAGCAAAAAUAUUAUAUUCUUGAAAAAACUAGGUGGAUCUUAUUUUUUGUCAAUUUCCUGAUUUUUUAAAAAAAGUAUAGAGAUGACAUUGAACACACUAAACUACAGAACAGUGCAAAAUAUUCCAAAGAAAAUCUAGUGUAGAUUUACAACUUAACAGUUUAUAGGUGUCUUCUUAGAUUGGAUAUGCGAACGUCUAAUAGUUGGUUUAUACUUCCAAAUUAGCAACUGAAUUAAAAAGCUUUUGGUGCAUUUUAUAUUUCCUUGAAUGAGUUUAAUUUUUAGGUAAGAAAGGGUGAAAAUAUAUAUUUGAAGUGAAAACAUCUUUAGGCGCGGUCAGCACACUUUUUUAUGGGUACUGAAUGAAACUGAGCUGUCAGGUUCGGAUAUGUAACACUGAUUUGGAUACAGUCAGGUACAUUAGUUACUUUAAUUUGUUAAAGUAUGAACCACAGCAUCAAAUCAUGAAGGUACUACUAUUUCAAAUUAGUUUAAUUCCUAAUUUUGAAGUAUAUACAUCAAAUAUCAAAUAUAUCCAUAUUCAAUCUGAGGUCGACUUUAUAAUAAAACAAUAAAUAAACCUUCUAUUGAAUUCCACAUAAUAUUUGACUAGGAUUAGAAUAAUUUUUAAGUAUCGCUCAGCUCACUUUUUUUCGAAAACAUCAUUUAUUUACUUUUAUUUUUUUAGUUUCAGUAUUAAUAAUAUUGACCAUGUGAGCUUUAUGUCGAUAGAUAUGAUAAGUUUAUUAUUUGUUUGUAUUUUUAAAGUUUACAUAAGCUGUGUUCCAGCCAAAGAGAAAAUCAUUUCCAGUCACGGAAAUAAAUUUUGAAAUUAUUAGCUCGUUUUCGGUCUUAAAAUUUUGAUUCGGAUGGCUGGCAAAGACUGUUUAUAACAAGGUUUUCUCACGGUUUGAUAACGCUAAUAGACCGUCAGCUAAUGAUUUUGCUGACCGAUUUUCUCUCUUCAGGGAUUUCAACCACUGGAAAUUAUGUCAGUGCUGAGCACAAAAAAAUGAAAAUUUAGCGACCGGACGUCUGCUAGGCAUAUGGAAAAUUUACUUUCCUUUUGUACCAGCCAUAAAAUAUGCUUCAACAGCUGACCAGCUUAUGGAAUUUUUUUUCCUGCUUCCUAAUGAUAUCAAAGCGAGUAUUCUUUCACAAGAUUGCGCCCUUAUUUCAACCCUUUUAGUAGGUGCAAACCUUAUGGCAUCGGUUUUUCACUAUUAGAUUUCAAAUGUGUUAAAAUGACAUGAAAGAGAAAUUGAAAAAAUAACCUAUUUUUUUCUGCAACAGGAAAGCCUAGCAAACAUCCGGUUGCAAAAUUUUCAUUUUUUGAGCUCAGCACUGAUAAAAUUUUCAGUUGUUGAAAUACCCGAAGAGAGAAAAUCGGUCAGCAAAAUCUGUCAUUAACUGAAGGACUAUAAUUAGAAUAUUUAUUUUCGUUUUUGAUAUUCCAUGUUUCCAUUUGUUCGUUUUCUAAUAAAUGAUAUAAUAAUGA